UUUCUGAAACACAACUCCCACCGGUGAGGCAGAAAAUGGAAGGGAUGCAGUGGUGACGUGCAUUACUAAAGAUUGUUUUGAUUCUCCUCAUGUUGAUACCGCAGUUGAGAGUGCACCUCCUCUGAUCUUUACUAAAGUAAAAUAUACCAAUUACAAAUAUUUUUUCGCUACCAAGGUACACCUACCAAAUUAGGUGUUAUUGAAAAAGGAAAAUCCGGCAUAACGUGAUUUAUCAACAUAGAACCUCCAGAAUAUUCAUCAUUCAUAGGAGCUGUUGCAACUAGGGGGAAAAGGAGCAUGGCAAGAGUUAAGAAAAGGAAAGAAAAAGUUUAGCAGAAACGCAUGGGGAGAAGAAAAUAACGAAAUCACAUUAAAAGAAUAGUCCCAUGACAAGAAGUGGAGUAUCUUAUUGCACCACUGAAGGUGGCAUAUCUUUUAAGCAUGGAUCUUGGAACAUUUGCAAAAUUUGAUUUAAAUGCAGAAAACAGAGUUCUUUGCUAUAACCGCAUCAUAAGGCAGCUUUCAAGAGUUUAAACUUAGCUAUGAACAUGCUCAUGAAGCAGAUGACUUGGAUGUAUCAGGACAGAUAGGCUUGCUUCCCUAAAUCAGCAUGUUCCCUUGUGCAGAAGGCAAACUGAAGUAUUCACAAUGGGACAUAUUUGACUGGAAAAUCAUCCUUUGUCCCACAACAGCAUAUAAGUGAAUCUGGCUGUAUUAAUUUUUUUGUAAAUAAAAGGUGAGAUACUUAGGCUUGUAGUAGCACUUACAAUUCAGAUAGCUAGCUUUUGAUGGAAAAUAGAGCUGUUGAUGUCCUGCUGUAACCAUGCAGAAUUAACACAGUGAGACAAAAAUGAUUCAGUUCAUGUCCAACUGAAGUUAAAGCUUGGAGGUAAACUAAUGCAAACAAAAUGUGUGAAGGAUUAAGGAAGCCACAGGCUAGGUCUGAUUUUAGAGAAAAGUGGCAUGCUACUGCAGCAUCAUCCUGAGUGAUGCGCCAACUUCUUACUUUCAUACCAGGGAAUAAUAAGAAAGUGCAAUUGUGUACAACUUUCCUCUGCAUUGGUGACCAGCAUAGAUUUUUUUCUCGAUGAGAGCAGCAGUAGCCACAUUUUGAAUGCUGAAAUGUUUGUAUAUCUUCAGUGCACAGUCACAACCAGGAGGAUUUCUCAUGUCAGCAGAUAUAUAACAUGACAGUAGCUUCUUCCAGUGGUAACAACAUCCUGUAUAGUAAGUCAGGUUCUUACAUAGUCACCUAGGGAUGAAUUCAUCUAAUUCUGUAUUAACUACUCAGACUAUGGGUUUGAAGAUGCCUGCCAUACCUACUUGUAAAAUGACAUAUGGAAUUUGCUCUCUCAGCACUGAAACAGAACAGUCAUGCAGUUUCCAAACAAAAGACCUGAAACAUAAAAAGCAAGGGAAGUAUGUCUGUGAAUACUGUAAUCGAGCUUGUACCAAACCCAGUGUUCUCUUAAAGCACUUACGAUCUCACACAGGGGAACGCCCAUAUCCUUGUGUGAGUUGUGGAAUUUCAUUUAAAACUAAAAGUAAUCUGUACAAGCAUAAAAAAUCGCAUGCUCACAGUAUCAAACUUGGACUUGUUUCUGGUGGUACUGUACUGCUGCCAGAGUCAGAUAAAACACUGUGCUUCUCUUCAGAUGUUGAAGAAAGUGCUGAAAGUGAAGAUGAAAGCAAAGCUGAAGAACCAAAAUGUGAGCAAAGGCAUUUGUUAGUAGUGCCUGUACAAGCAAACAGCAGCAUUCAGCCAUGUGCAAAGAAAGAACAGGAUUCAGGAUAUAUUCCAGAAGGUAACUCUGGUAAUAGCACUUUAGAAUCAGAACCAGAACAGAAGACUGCAGAGCCAAAAGUAAGUGCUGUUUUGCCUAGGGUUCUAGUGCACCCUGCAAAUAUCUCUCAUUCUGUAUCAGACAGCCCAGAAAUAAAUUGUAUUGUUAAAUGUUCUGCAGAAAAACAAGAAGUCCGUCCGACUACAGAUUCAAAGUCUGGUUUGACUAUAGUGCCAUCUUUACAUGCUGCUGCAGAUGACAAGCUAAACUGGCGAUCAGAAAUUAACUUGCUUGAAGAAAGGCAGAAAACUCUCAGAGGACAAUGCCAUGCAGAACUUCAGAGUCAGCAAGCUUCUGACUUUUCACAGCAAGAGGAAGCAAAAUUCCUUUUGAGUCCUCACAGCCUUGGUAGUACUGAUUCUGGUUACCUGUCACGUUCUGAUAGUGCUGAUCAGAUAAUGGGUCCAUGUCCUUAUGUACAGCUGCUGUCUGCCAGUGAAACUGAUUUCUCUAAAAAUGUCCAGGGCUGUUUAACUGUUGUGAAUCAGUCAGUAACUUCUAUAACACAGCUGACCGCCACUGGCAAAAUGUCAGUUCAGCCUUCUGUAAUGCAUCCACCAAUAGAAAAGAAGUCCUUAGAAGAACGCAUAUCAAAAUUAAUAUCGGAAAAUGAAGCUAUAGUGGAUGCUAAGCAAUUGGAUAGUGUAAAGCCGAGACGAACAUCUCUUUCGAGAAGAGGAAGCAUAGAUUCACCCAAGUCCUAUAUAUAUAAAGAUUCCUUCCACUUUGACCUAAAGCAAACAGGAAGAAGAAAAAGCUCAAGUUCAGAUGUUCCGAAGUCCCCAUUUACCCCUACUGAAAAAUCUAAGCAGGUUUUUCUUCUCUCUGUUCCCUGUCAAUUCCCUUCAUUAGACUGUUUACCAAUUACAAGAAGCAAUUCCAUGCCUGCUUCACCUGGUUGUUCUACAGUGUCUGCUGAUGGAAUUCCUUCUCAGCAUCACAUUCAAGGAAGUCAGUCAUUUGAUGAGAAAGUGGGCUCCUUAUGUGAUGAUGUCUUUGUGACUGCCCCUCCAACCCCACGCCAACGCCCCCGGACACUAGUCCGACAAACUGCAGUAGAAGAUAUGACAACCAUUGAUUGCCAUAACCUUGCACCUGUGUGUUCUGCAGAUGAAAAGUGUUACAGAAAUAGUACCUCUGCCAUAGCGUUAUUGCCUAGAAGCAAAUCAUAUGAACAAGCGUCAACACAAGAUAAGUUGAAGAAGUCUCAGCAAGGUCGUGGAACUAUGUAUGAAUGUGAAACUUGCAAAAACAGAUACAGGAAGUUGGAAAAUUUUGAAAAUCACAAAAAGUUUUAUUGCUCAGAGUUACAUGGACCAAAAAGUAAAGUGGUAGGCACACGAGAAAUGGAACAUAGAACAGUCCCUUGUUCUACCCAGAUUCAGGCCCUUCAUUAUAGGGGCCCUAGUUUAACAUCAGUAUUAGAGCAACCACCGCAGUUUAGAAAAAGAAGAAAACUGAAAAGUGUUGGUGGUGAAGAGUCAGUGUCUGUUGAUGAUGGCAUCCUUUUAGGAAAUACAACAACAUGCAUUUGUCACAGCAGUGCAGGAACAUCCACCAGUCCUCUUUAUAACAUUACUGCACUUAGAGGAUCACAACAGACCAACACUGUUUCAGUACAAACUUGUCAAAUGAAGUUUGGAUUAAGACACAUUGAGCAAAGUAUAGAACUGGGUCCGCCUCCAGUUUCACAAGUGCCCAUUAGUUCUGUAUCAGAGUCUUUGCAAGUAAGAAAUGAACUGAAGAAACAAGGUAACGGCAUUUCAGUAAUACAGCACACCAGUUCUUUGACAACCAGACUUAAAUCCAUGGAGACAUCAGAUUUAUUUGACAGACUUUCUCCAGUUUCCCUUCAACAGUUUCAGAAAGCAGCUCAGCAGUGCUCACUAUCAUCUUCACUGGUUAUACAGGAUGAUAGUCAUGCUGCUCAGUUAACUACCCCUGUAGCUCAGCUGUCUGUGCUGUCUGAUAUGCUGAAAAUUGAAGAGAAUGAAGCUCAAAGAAAUGCACAUAAGAACAGUUCUCCAUUGCAGCAGGCAAAGCUUGUUUGCCAGCAUAAUAUUCAGGUACCUGAGAUUCUGGUUACAGCAGAGCCCGACAAAGAGCAAAAGAUCCAAGAAGUAGAGCAAGAAAAAACAGAAUUGUUGUGCCGACCUCAGCGUAGUGAGACACUAUCAAAAUUGCCAGCUGAUAAACUUCCUCCAAAGAAGAAAAGAAUUCAGUUAACAGAGAUGGAACAGUCAUCUACAGAGUCUGGCUUUGAUUCUGCUGUCUCAAGGAGUCUAAGUAGAGACAGCAGUUUAUCUCACUGCUCAAGUACUUCAGUAUCAUUUGACAUGGAUGAAAUUCCUAGAACUGAUGAUAGUCCUUUAAGAGUAGACGUUACUAGCAAAUCAUCAGAAUUUCUGAUGCUUCCUACAGGCUUGUAUAUGUUUGGUGUUCCUAGAGUUAAUUGCAGAGACGUGAGUAUCACAGCAUCUGAACAGCUAAAGUGCUCGCAGCCAUCAGUUAAUGUUACUACAGAAUGUCAUAAUAAGUCAUUGGAUUGUGGAAGUAUGUCAUCAUCAAGUACUUUAUCUCAGUUAGAAAAAGGAUUACACAGAGUUUCACCUGCAUUCAUAAGCUCUGAUCAUGUACCGUUGAUAGAAAGAAGGCGGGGACCUCUAGUGAGGCAGAUGUCCUUGGAUCUAGGUCCAGAAAGUAGCCAGUCUGAUGGUAAACGUUUUGGAACUAGUCAGCAGGAUUAUGCCAUACAUGUGUCUUCCUUGCCAUUCUGUAGACCUUGGUCACCUCUUAAAUCUUCACCUGUGCUUGCUUGUAAUACACAGUGCUUGUUACAUGAAGUACCAUCAGUGCAGCAGAAAACAAAACUAGACUCACACUCAUUAAGUCAGAAUGGUCAAUUUGACCACAAGUAUUCUUCAUCCUUUGGAGUAACACACAACUGGCAGCAACAUGCUGCCAAGGAGGCUCUGAAAAGUCGUCAGGAUGUUUCUGUUCCUGAAGUAUCAUCUCAGGUAGCAGAGCAGAGCUCAUACUCCUUUCCUUAUGAGUCAUUUGAAGGACAAAGACAGCACUUUGUUCCAAAAUAUCAACUUCAGAUUAAUUCGAUGCAGGCUAGCCCUUCAGUUUUCAUUCCCUCAACUUGCACGUCAUUAAAUACCUCGCCAUUUUUGACGUUUCCUGUCUCUACUGGCUUACCUAAAAAGUCAGUUUCAACAAACCUAUCUUUGAAACAAACUGAAAAUGACUCGCAUAUGUAUUUGAUGUCACAAGCACAGCAGAUGAGUCCCCAUAGCUCUUUUCCCCAGCUGCAAGAAAAGAAUUCUUUUGUAAUGCAACUUGAUGUUCAUAGUGAUGCUUCCAAAAAUGAUUUUGCUGUUACAACAAUGCUGCCAGUUUUUCUAACACAUGACCAGAUAAAUUCAUCCACAGCUGUCACUGUUAACAUUAAUAAUGCAGUUUUAUUAGUUCCAGAUACUAAGGUAACUCGGGCGUCAACAUCUCACUUACAGCAUCUGAAGGUGUCGUCGAACAGGCAUUCAGAUACAUCUGUUUGUAAAGCUCUGGAUUUGGAAUUGAAAAGCAAGAAACCGACUGCAUCAGAAUAUUUAGGCUUCAUGCAGAAAGUACCUUCUUUAGAAUUUUCUCAGCAGGAGGCUACAUCUUCAAGUAAGCGCAUGCUUUCACCAGAGAAUAGUUUAGAUAUUUCAGCAGAGAAACAUCAGAAGCGAGCCAAAGAGGAGAGUGAUGCUGCUUGUGUCACAGAACAGAGCUUGUUUAGCAUGCUGGAUAUGAGAAAUAAGCAGCCAAAGCUGGGAAUGCCUGUGCGGCUUCAGCAACUCUCUAGCCCACAACCAAGAGAAUGCUUUUCUUUAGACCAGGAAGAUGGUCACCAACAACAAAUGUAUGCCUCUGAGGUUAGUUUGUCAUCAUGUGGCAUCCACGCAUCUGAGACCUGCAAACCUAAUAUUACAGAACCCACAAGUGACACAUCCGUGUUGGAAACUGCCAGUGAUUCACUUCCAGGUACAGACAUUCAAAAAUCACAGGGUCCACCUUUUCUCUAUCCACCUACAGCAUGUACCCAUAACUCAUGGCUGAAUUCUUUGAGCAGUAUCCAGAAUAGGUCUAACACAAUUUCUAAUGAAACAAAAUUGAUAAACAUCCAUGGUCAGGUAAAACUGGCAACCCCAUUUUCAGUGGUAAAUCCAGCAGAUGUACACCAAUUGUCAUUUCCAACUUUAAAGACAUCAGCAACUUUUACAUGGUGCUAUUUAAUGAAGAGAAGACCCAUGCCUCUACAACAGAAUGAACAAAAGACAUCUGCAUAUGCUGCAUGGCCUGUUAAUACUAACAAUCCCAAUCUGCUUGGCCUGCAAACAAAAAAUGCGCUUUCCCUUUUUAAUUGUAAACAACAGCAGAGGAGGAUACUUUACACUCAAGCAAUAAAUACUGGUCCAAAGUCUGACAUAUUGGCUUAUUCUAUCAGGUGGAAAAAUGCAAUGCCAAAGGUGUUAUCAAAUAAAAAAAAUACAAACAGAAAGAACAAUAAAGAGAAGUGUGGAAGUCAGUUAAAUCUGGCUGAUAAUUCUUCAACAAGGAGUGAGCCCAAGAAAGUUAACAUUUUCGAUGGGGGGUUAAAGUCAAGUGAAGAAUCUAAGUAUAUGUGGGGUCAUGGCAAUGAAAAAUGCUUAUCGGAGAAGUGUGGAAUUCAUUCUAAGGAACUGUGCAUGUUACAAAAGCAUAUCCGUACACAUGAAGUUGUUUGCCCACAUCACCACAUGUGCUGCAAUGUUUCAUUUAAAACUACAGGCAGAGACUUGAGGCUUGGCUUUGAUCAGCAAGGAUCAUAUUUGGAAGCUUCUGAUGGGUCUGAUGAAGAUGACAAGGACGAUGAAGACAGUCAGAAUGAAUGUGCCCUGUCCAAAACCCCUUCAGUGUCAUCCAGUUUUCAGUGCUGCUCAUCUCCAAGUGCUCAUACAGAUGCUAGAAUUGGCAGUACUGUGGAAGAACAGUUAAAACGCUCAAAUGACAGUAGACAAAGUCAGGAAAGUAUAUUGGAUGUUCAGUCUAAAGUAUUGCACAAGAUAUCUAGUUCUUCAACAAACUGUUUGACAUUCAAGUCUUUAAUAUCAGCCAGAUCCCUGGAUAACAGAGAAGGUGAAGGUAAUGUACAAAUACAACAGCAGACUGCAGUCUCAACAGAAUUUAAUGAGCUACACCAGCCUCUCCCUAGAGCACCCUGUUAUCAGAUGUUGGUUGACCAUCCAGAAUUGGAAGACAGCUCAAAUGUCUGUGAAACACAAACACAUUUAGGCAAGUCAGAGGUAAGUAUCAUAUUGUGAACAUUAUUUAUCUGUGCUUCUCAGUGGGAGGUCAGUUAAAUAAAUGCCUGAAAUGAAGAAGAGUUUGACUGCUUUGGUAGU